AUUUUGAUGAUGAUGAUUUUGAUUUUUUAGUGUGAAACGAAAAACUUAAUAGAAAAUAUGUGGAAAAUAUUUCAUAAUUAAUUCCCCCGAUAUCCCGAUAAUUACAUUCAGACCUGGCUCAAAAUAAUUCUGUCUAAGCCAAAAAUGGAAUUAAAAAAUAAUUUAUUUUUUACAUUGACAGAUGACAGAAACAGAUACGUACUUUGUGCAGGUGCGCGGUGUUGUACUGUACUUGUUUUGGAAAUUGUGGAUGUCGGUGCCGUGGGGUAGUGAUAUUGAAAAUGAACAAAUUAAUAUCUUUGUUCAGCGUUAAGAGAUUAAUAGAAUCUCGAGCUUUUGCAUCGAGACUCACGGCGGAUGGCAAAGAAAUACCUAAGAAGAAAACAUACGAAACUAGAAUAACAUUAAUAGGCACUGACAACUCUGUUUCUAUCACAGACUUAAAAAAUGCUCAAAAUGUAUCGCUUAGAAGGGAAUUGAAGUUAGUGAAGAUACAAGAUGUUGACGCUAAAACCAGACGCCCAGUGUAUAAGUUAAUGACUAAUGCUCAAUAUCACGAAGAAGAAUUGCAAAAGAGAAAAGAGAAGCAGGCAGCUCGACAGAGCAACACUAUGAAAGGAGAGAAACUGUUAACUCUGUCUUCUAAGAUAGGAGAACAUGAUCUUAUGACUGGGGUAAAGAAAAUGAUGAAGCUACUGCAGAAACAUUAUGAAGUGAGAAUUAUUAUAGCAGGAGAAGGAGAGGCAGGAGUACCUCAAUUGGAAAGAAUAUACUCAGUAAUAGAACAAAAUAUAAAAUCACAUGGGAAGGUAGUACAGAAGAGAAACAAAGGUAAUGAUUUAAGAUUCCAACUUAUACCAAAUAGAGAGAGCAGUAUGCUGUGUCCAGAAAGUGGACAUUCUAAUAAACCAGAUGGUAAUGGGCCACUAUGACUAGCUGUUGGUGUCACUGUUAUAUUACUAACAAAGUAUAUUUUGUUAAGUAAGUACUAUUUUAAAAAACCAUUGGGUAAUGAUAUGACAUCUAAGCCUAAAAAGUCAAUAGAAUCCAGUGACACAGAAACACUUGAUUAUUAAGGGCUUUAAAAUUGAUAUAAUAAAUGUAAAUAACUUGCAUUUUGUACUUUUUAAACUGUUAUUGUUUUAAUACAAUUUAAACUUUGUUUCAUUAGUAUUUUAUUAUGUUGGAUAUAUUUAGUGUAAAUACAUAAAGAAAGACAAUGAAAUGCAAAUUAGAAAUAAUUGAAAUAUUUUAUUCGUCCAUCUACUUCGUCAGUCAUUUUUUUGCAGUUAUUACCUACAGCUACAAAAUAAACAGGUCAAGGAAA